AUGAGACAGACCACUGGAAGGAACAAGAAGAUCGUGUCUACCAACUUUCCAUCCACUACUGCUGAAGAUCAAAAUUAUAUGGGGAUUACUAUUGCCAGGGGUUUUGACAGACUUGGUGUUGAUCACUCCCUGGUGACACUUUCCACCGAACACGAGCUGAUCUCAUCAGAAUGA